GAGCUAACACAGUGCGUGACUGUAACGCCACGUCUACACAGGUGAGCCCGGCAGCCUUGUGGAACAUUACAGGGCGUGUCUCGAGAUAUUUAUAACUUAACUGCAGGUGAAGUCAAAUUCAUUUCGUUGUUCGUCUCCGCGGGUUGAGCUGCUCACACCGCGUCUCCUGAACAGAACACACCUCGUCAAUGGUAAUAAACAUCUCACGAUAUUAUUAAGAUAAAUAGUUUUGUUGAAAUAUAUUUUCUGAGCCACACGAAGAAACUACUUUGGAUGCAUCCUCGGGUAAUGUCAAGUGCAGCUACCUCUGAGAACAUGGACCGUGAGUUGAUCUGCUCCAUCUGCCUGGACACGUUUGACUGCCCCUCCACGUUGAGCUGCGGCCACUCGUUCUGCCUCCAUUGCUUGGAGGACGCCUGGAAGGAGACAGACUCCUACUGCUGCCCGCAGUGCCGCAAGACCUUCCCUCGACGACCCCAGCUGACCAGGAACGUGACAAUCGCCAACCUCAUAGAGCAGCUGCGAGUGACUGAGACCAUGGCUGCUAUUGCUGCUGAUAGUGUUGUUUUCUGUGACAACUGCCCAAAAGGCAAGACGCUUGCAGUGAAGACCUGCCUCAGGUGUGAGACGUCCUUUUGCAGGGAACACCUCGUGCCUCACCUGGAAAAUACGAAGUUUAAAGAUCACGUCCUGGUUUCACCAGACGUGAACCCUGAAGAACGCAAGUGCAAGAGGCACAACGAGGAGCUCAAGUUAUACUGCAAGCAAGACCUCAGCCUCGUUUGCAGGGAUUGCACCAUCGCAGGAGACCACGCGGGUCAUAAGUUCAUCACACUGGAGGAUGAGCAUCAGAUACGGAAGAAUGGAGUCGGAGCAGAGACGCGAGCGGUGGAGGAGAAGAUGAAGAAGGCAGAGACGUCCGUGGGACGGAUGAAGGCCACUCGCAAGGCCGUGCAGGAUUUCAUGGUCCAGACCAAGGCUCGCAUCUCAGGCGAGUUCACCCGUAUGAGGGCGACGCUGGAUGAAGACGAGAAGGCAGCUCUGGAUCGCGUGGACGUGAAGGGGCGUGAGCUGCUGUCCCAGAUCAAGGAGAACAUCGCUCAUUACAAACGUGAGAUCAGCGACCUCCAGGCAGCAGCCACGCGCCUGCGCGCUCUGCAGGAGGAGAGGGACUCGCUCACGUUCCUGCAGACGGACGCUCACCGACUCUGGACCCAAAAUCGGCCUACAACAACCUCCAGAUUUCCUCGGAUCUCAGGACGAUGACGCGGACGGCUGUCUCCCAGGGUCGACCCGACCACCCACAACGCUUUGAUGUCUUCUACCAAGCCCUGUGCUCGGAGAGCUUCGCGUCGGGUCAGCACUACUGGGAGGUGGACGUGGGGGGUGUGGCGGGGAUCUGUGAGGUUGGAGUUGCAUACGGGACGAUCGCACGGA